AUGUGGUGGAACACGAUUGACGACGUCUUCACAUACAAGGUGGGAUGGGGACGCUACGAUUCGACUCUGCUAGGAGGUCAGCGACGACCCACAAAGCGGGAAGUAUUGCGUGUCCUGAUGACCAUCUUUGAUCCGCUAGGUCUGAUUUCCCACGUUCUGUCUUUCCUGAAAAUUCUGCUGCAACAAAUCUGGCGAUCCGGUGUGCAGUGGGAUGAAGAAAUCGACGAGGAUGCUUACAGAAAAUGGCAACUGUGGUUGCAAGUUUUACCUCGUGUUGAACAACUUCGAGUACCUCGAUGCUACAACUCCGAAUAUCCUGCAGAGGAGGCCGACGAUAUACAGCUACAUACGAUGGUUGAUGCCAGUGAGAACGGCAUGGCCGCCGUCUGCUAUUUACGGUCCAUUAAAUCCGGAACCAUCAUCUGCUCUAUCGUCGCUGCCAAGUCAAGAGUCGCGCCACUGAAGUUCAUCUCAAUCCCAAGAAUGGAAUUGGCUGCUGCAGUUCUUGGCGCUCGCUUAGCUCGCACCAUCGAAGAGUCACUGUCUAUCCAAAUUCGCAGGAAGAUAUACUGGUCUGAUUCCAGAGAUGUCCUAUGCUGGAUCAACUCCGAUCAUCGCCGCUAUAGCCAGUACGUGGGCCAUCGAAUCGGAGAGAUCAUCGACAUUUCGGAACCAAGUCAAUGGAGGUGGGUUCCCAGUAAGCUAAACUGCGCCGACGAUGCCACUAAGUGGAGCAGCUUGCCAAAUAUGUCUUCCGACCACCGGUGGUUUAAAGGAGCUGACUUCCUGUGGCGUACUGAAGAAGAUUGGCCUCCAAUGCCAACCCUGAGUGGCCCAACUAACAACGAACUGCGCCCGUGCUUUCUGGCCGUUCACACGGCGUCGGAACCUGUCAUCGAUGUCAGCAACUGUUCGAGCUGGCAGAGACUCGUCAAAAUUAUCGCACUUAUUCAUCGCUUCGCGACCAACUGUCGCCUCAAACACGCUAAGGCAUCAAUCCGCACGGGGCCACUCACAGUAAACGAUUUGCUCAACGCCGAGUGCUCACUAAUAUGGCUCGCGCAAUGGGAAAUGUAUCCCGAAGAAGUUGCGGUUCUCCAGAAGACCUGUGAGUCGGAUCUAACCAGAAGAAAUGUUGCGAAAACAAGUUCGCUCUACCAGUUAACACCAUGGUUGGACGAACGCGGGGUCAUGCGCAUGCGAACGCGCAUCGCCGCUUGUCACUACGCCACUGAUGACGCGAAACAGCCGAUUAUACUACACCGCAAUCACCACACCACCACCUUGAUUGUAGCGCACUACCAUCACAAAUAUCAUCACCAAAAUCAUGAAACCGUUAUAAACGAAAUACGACAUAAGUACCGCAUCGCUCAUCUGCGCGCUUGUUACGAGAAAGUGAGAAAAACUUGCCAGCAGUGCAAGAACCAGCACUCAACGCCUAACCCACCGUAUAUGGCUGACCUUCCGCCCGCUCGCCUCGCCGCCUUUUCACGUCCGUUCACGUAUGUGGGAGUGGACUACUUUGGGCCGAUUGAGGUCGUCAUCGGGAGGAGAAAGGAAAAGCGAUGGGGAAUGUUAGCCACCUGCCUGACCGUGCGAGCAAUUCACAUCGAGGUUGUGUAUUCGUUGACUACAAGCUCGUGCAUUAUGGCGAUCCGCAAUUUCAUUGCCCGUCGUGGGACGCCUCUGAAAAUGUACAGCGAUCGUGGUACUAACUUCGUAGGUGCCAAUCGAGAGCUGAAGCAGAUCGAGGAUGCGAUCAAUCAGCAUGAGCUGAUGAAGGAAUUUGCCAAUAGCGGCAUCGAAUGGGUGUUCAACCCACCCCUGUCGCCGCACAUGGGCGGUUGCUGGGAGCGGCUGAUCCGCACCGUCAAAAAUAACCUGGUAGCAGUUUGUUCCUCGAAGAAGCUAUCUGACGAAGUUCUCCGCAAUCUGUUAACAGAGGUAGAGAACACCGUGAACUCGCGCCCACUGACACACGUGCCCAUAGAUGAGGAUUCGGCUCCGGCACUAACGCCGAAUCACUUCUUGAUCGGUUCAUCUAACGGUUCGAAACCACUUACUAUUCUCGACGACAGCAGUGAAAUCCUCCGACAGAAUUGGUGCACGUCGCAGGUUCUAGCCAAUCUGUAUUGGAAACGCUGGGUAACAGACUAUUUGCCAGAGAUCACUCGACAGACCAAGUGGUUCCGUCGAGUAAAACCGAUUACCGUGGGUGACAUAGUUGUCAUUGCCGAUUCCAGUAUGCCGCGCAACAGUUGGCCAAAAGGGAAGGUGAUCAAUACUAAAGUCAGCAAAGAUGGACAAGUUCGGUCCGCAACAGUGAGGACAGCAAGCGGUGUAUACGAUCGUCGUCCGACGCGACAGAGAGUAAACCAACAUGGAGUUGGUGUACCCUGGGGGAGUGUUGGUAACACUUGCCUAAACGCACCUCCCAAUCACAUCAUACUUUGGACAACAGGCCAACACAUGCUUACAGUGACGGGUAGACGGUAUGUCACUGGAUGCGUAGAAGGAAAGGAGAAGAGAAACAAUAACAGAUAA